UAUAUAAGCACUUUAACAUCUGAAGACCGGAGGAGGUUUGGAGAGAAGCUCAAAAUUUGUAUUGGUGACAAAAUCUAAGUUAUUCAAAGCCCAUAUGAGAUCUGGGAUGACAAAAAACGUUGGUCCGACUCGCCCGUGUCUUGGCCACCAAUCUGCUGGGGAGACAUUUAUUCUUAUUUAAUAGAAACCCCUGGACCCUUCACUCAUGAAAGAUUAAAGGCUUUCAAAAGUCUGGAGGCCUAUGAUUAUUUUGUUUCUCGAAAAGUUGGGCCGAUCUUUUCUGCCAAACAGAAAGCAGUGAUCGUGCUAAAAGCAGAGGUAAGACCUGGCCAAGCAGAGUCACAGCGUGAUUCGCAUCUUCCGUGGGUGAUCGCCAAAGAGAACGGCGAAAUAAUCACUGCUCACUGCGACUGCAAAGCCGGGAAUAUAAACUCUUGCCAUUUCUAUACCAGAAGCCUGAGACAUCCUCCCCAAAAUAACUAGUGUGCUUCAUGAGAGCACCGUUGGAUUAAUCAUAACACAAACCAAAUAGAAAUUCAUCUGACAGAUGGUGGAUGCUUCCAUUUCCUUCUAGAAAGACAGCAAAGGAAUAAGAGAUUUUACUAUUUGUGCGUGCCUGCAUUUUUAUUAAAAUAAACCUUUCUUCCCAGGUGCACUUUUCUUGCCGGUGAUUACAUUUUGUAAUAGUACAAUUGUCCAUCCAUCCAUCUUCAACCGCUUAUCCAAAGUCGGGUCGCGGGGCAGCUGCUCCAAUAGUACAAUUGUAAUAUUUAAAAAUGGGACUAGCAAUGGAGACUGCCGAUAUUGCAGUUGUCGGACUUUAUUUUGUCCUUGUACUUGUAAUUGGUCUUCUUGCCAUGUGGAAAGCCAACCGUAGUACUGUUAGUGGCUACUUCCUAGCUGGUCGAACUAUGAACUGGGUAGUGGUAGGUGCCUCACUGUUUGUAAGCAACAUUGGUAGCGAGCAUUUCAUUGGCCUCGCUGGUUCUGGUGCAGCAAGUGGUUAUGCAGUGGGCGCCUGGGAGUUCAAUGCCCUUCUGCUUCUGCAGCUGCUGGGCUGGGUAUUCAUCCCGGUCUACAUCUACUCUGGAGUUUACACUAUGCCAGAGUACCUUUCCAAGCGUUAUGGGGGAUGGCGGCUAAAGGUUUAUUUUGCAGCCCUUUCCCUUUUGCUGUAUAUCUUUACUAAACUCUCAGUAGACUUAUAUGCAGGAGCUCUAUUCAUUCAGGAGUCUCUUGGCUGGAACCUCUACCUGUCAGUAGUCUUGCUCAUUGCCAUGACAGCCUUGCUAACUGUGACUGGCGGACUGGUGGCAGUGAUCUACACGGACACUUUACAGGCCGUGCUCAUGAUUGGUGGUGCAUUAACUCUUACUGUUCUCAGUCUGAUCAAAGUAGGCGGUUUAGAGGGUGUACGGAAAAAAUACAUGGAGGCAGUCCCAAAUGUCACAGCCAUCCUGGCUAACAGCAAUUUCACCUUCAAAUACACAAACUCCUGCCGAAUUCAUCCCAAGCCUGAUUCACUCAAGCUCCUACGAGGUCCGCUUGAUGAGGACAUACCUUGGCCUGGCUUCUUGUUGGGUCAGACACCUGCAUCAAUUUGGUAUUGGUGUGCUGACCAGGUGAUUGUGCAGAGAGUGUUAGCAGCCAAGAACAUUGUCCAUGCCAAAGGAUCUACUCUUAUGGCAGGUAUGCUUAAAGUCCUUCCCAUGUUCAUCAUCGUCAUUCCAGGAAUGAUCUCACGAAUAUUGUUUCCUGAUGAGCUGGCGUGUAUCGGACCAGAGCACUGCAUGGCUGUGUGUGGAAGUCAGGCUGGCUGCUCCAACAUUGCCUACCCUCGACUGGUCAUGAGUGUAAUGCCAGUAGGUCUUCGAGGUUUGAUGAUGGCUGUAAUGAUCGCUGCCCUCAUGAGUGACCUGGACUCAAUUUUUAACAGUGCAAGCACCAUCUUCACUUUGGACAUUUAUAAAAUGGUGCGUACGAGUGCCCCAUCCAGUGAGCUAGUAUUGGUUGGCAGGAUGUUUGUGAUAUUCAUGGUGAUCAUCAGUAUUGCUUGGGUGCCGGUAAUUAUUGAGAUGCAAGGUGGCCAGAUGUACCUCUACAUCCAGGAAACUGCAGGAUACCUGACACCUCCUAUCGCUGCUCUCUUUCUACUUGGAAUCUUCUGGAAGCGCUGCAAUGAGACGGGAGCAUUUUGGGGUGGCAUGACCGGGUUUGUGCUAGGCAUUACGCGCCUCAUCUUUGGCUUUAUAUAUCGUGAGCCAAAAUGCGACCAGCUGGAUGAACGUCCAACUUUCAUCACGCAUGUCCACUACAUGUACAUUGCUGCUGGGCUGUUUUGGAUCUCUGGCCUGGUGGCUGUGAUUGUCAGUCUGUGCACACCACCCCCAGAAAAGGAGAAAGUCCAGCGUACUACAGUCUGGGGCUUAAGCAAACUGAAACGGCUUCCUGUGACUGAACUAGAGGAAAUGUACAAACUGACCAAUAAUGGUCAACGCCACUUCAGUGGCAAUGGUAUCCUUAAGAAAGACGUGUCUGUGGAUGUCCAGAAAGAGAGAUGUCUUGAUGGGUCUGACAUGGAACUCUUCAUGCCCUUCCCUUGUGACCAAGAUCCCAUGACCCCAAGUACAGAAGCAUCCACACCAAUGGAACUUUCCAGCGAUGGUCAUGCAAAGCUUGUGAAUCAGAAGGAAGGUGGUCAAGGCAAGUGUUAUGAAAAGUGUUGCCUGCAUGAAUUUGACUGGACUUGUGGGCAUAAGGAGAAGACUUCUGUUGUUGAAACCAAAGUCACUGAAGAGGAUGAAGGAGUUGUCCGUGAACUGCUUCAUGAACCCCCUAAGAUCAAACUGUUACUUAACUCAGUCCUGGUAUUGGUCUGUUCACUGGGUAUCUUCAUGUUUGUGUACUUCUCCCUGUAGUGUGCUGAACUUGCAAUACUAUGACUUUUAAGUGAUGGACAACUCAUGUGUAUCAUUUAUUUGUUUUUACAAGCCAUUUAGGGUCUGUAAUAUUUACAGUUCUUUUUUCUCCUCUUAUAAUAUAAUUUUGGGGACUCUAAACAUUUUUAAUCAUACAAUAUAAUUGAUUUAAUCUUUCUCCUUGGAUCUAUAUCACACCUCCUUAAAAUAUUAAAUUAUUUUUUUUUUGUGAUAUGUUGACAACCAAAUUCAUUAUUAAAAGAGUGGCUUUUAUAUAGUUUAUGGACAGUUGUGCUUAGCUAUUAUAUUUUAAACAGUUUUUUUUAUUCUUUUAAAGAUAGUGGUGGAUUUGGCCUUAAUGCACUCUUUCAGCUGAAAUUAGAAAUUCUUCCUGAAGUAAUUGUUUUCCUAAUAAGGACCUCUCCUAUAGUACUUAAAUAUAAGUGUAAAGUUGUCAUUUGUAUAUUCAUUUGUAUGUGAUAGCACUCUUUUAGGACUACCAAAGAUAACGUUUGGCCUUACUGUACAUUUGCCACCAGUAUAAAUGGAAUGGAUAGAAAUACAUUUCUUGUAACCAGCUAUCACAGUAUUUCUACAUUUGACAUUAGUUUGGACAGAAUGAAAUUUAAAAAACUAUGGAGUUUGUUAAAGAAUGUGGUGAAUUUAUUAUGAGGUCAAAUUUUUAUACAAAAGAUAAAUUAUUUAGCAUAAACAAUAUGCUUUAUCACUGAGGUGUUGUGCCCUCUUACUAAACCUGGUAUCAUUACCUUGCUGUACGUUCCCAAGUACAAGUGAGUAUUUGGGUCCAUGCAUAUUGUAACAGUACACAAGCAAUUUGCUGUAGCAUUUGUAAUCAUUUAUUUCGUGCAGGUAGGAAGACUUCAGGUCAAAAGACAUUGUUUGUCCCCAUUUUGGGGAUUUUAAUAUGGUGUAACUGAUUCCCAAGAUUUUAUUGCUACUACACAAGACUUCUUAUCUGUGGAUGUUACACACUGAUCCUCAGAAUGUCCACAGGAAAAACACCACCUAGAGCUGUUAUUAAUGUUGAAAUCUAAAUAUUAUUUGAGGUUCCAAAACCGGUAGAUUAAGACUGGAAUGUUCCAUUUUAAUUGCUUUUCUAGAAGAAGAGUUUGAUUGUGGCAACAGUAACAUGCAUUAACUGUUGUUCUGCUGUUGAAUGCAUUGGUUGUUCAGACAAAGUAAAUGGAAAUUGGUGUGAAGUAACUUAUUUUUUUUACGUUUAAGUUGAUAUUGUUGUAUUAAUACCUUGACAUGAAAGCACUUAAAUUAGUGAAAUAGUGACCCAAAGGUGCAAUUGUUUUAAUUCGUUUGUUAAUUCUAAAUAGAUAUGUGUCAAGAAAGUUAUAAUGAAGAGGUUUAAACAUUUAUAUUAGAAAUGUAUCAUAAAUGGAAUGUCCUGAAAUAAAGUUAGUGGAGCGCUGAUUCUUGUUUUAAUACUGAAUGUAUUUAAAUCAUGUUUUAUACUGAAAAUCAAAAUAUGUAUUGGAACAAGAGAUGCAUAAAUAAGAAGAAAAGGUUCCAUAGAGAUUGGUUGCUCUUUUUUUUUUUAUAAAUAUAUAUUUACCCAAACUGAAUGAUUUUAGACUCUUUUGGUCUUUAUUGAAUGUUUAUAAGCAUUCCUAUUUCUGCAGUAACCAGUUCAUCUGAUUCUUUUGUUCAUUGCAUAUUUUUUGAACUUGGAGAAAAUGCUGAUCACUGAAUUGAUAGUGUGGUGGACAUUACCAUCACAGUGAUUGUGUACAGACUGCUUAAACUUUAAUAAGUUAACUUACUAAAUGUAGGAUUACAAUAUUUUGGGACUGCUGUGAUUAUCUAGACCAAAUUGAAUUACUGUUCUCUCAAUUGAAACCUGGCAUAAAAUCCUUUACAAAUAAGUUAUUGCUCAUCAAAUAUUUUUCUUGUAUUGCUUGUAUAGACCUUAUGAUUCAACAAAGCAGCUUUUUUAAACACAAAAUGUGUUGUGUUGAUUGUAAAAUAAUUUGUUGAUUGUACUGGCAAUGCUUUAAUGGUUUGUUGGUUUUGUAUAAACCACAGAUUUCCAAAUCAAACCAACAGCCCAAAGUUUUUAAAUAUUUAACCAUUCAUUUGGCAGUAUAAUUAAUCAAUGAAGCACUUAACUUUUUUUAGACAUGUUUUGAAAGCACUGAUAUGUUGUUUGUGUUUCGGUAAUGACAUUUUAAUUGUCUGUAAUUUUAUUCAAUGUCACAUUUUAGGUUACUACAACAAAGGGAGAUGACUCCGGGUUCAUAUUCUUCCCCAAGUUUUGUGUUUGUGCUUUUUUUUGUUUAUUUUUUUAGUGGCUGACUGCAUUUGUAUUGAGUUGUGGAUAUCAAUAUAAUAUACCAAAUUUUUUUGUUGUGUGGUACAUCUUGUUUAGAGUGUGUUCUUUUCUGAAGAUUUCUUGUGAAAUAUGGCUGAUUUAUCAAUUCAUCGUGGUGACUUCCAUGAGCUAAGGACAGGAAA